AUGUCUGAUAAACCUGCCAUUCAAGAGGGUCGUUGCCAUGUCCGCUCCAUUAGUUUGCCUUCCCGAUCCCAUCCUAAUACUAUCAGAAUCGAAGAAGAGUUAAGCAGGAUUAGAGCUUGGGAGCAGUCAACAUUAAAAUCAGAUUUAGCCCAUCCAAAGGCAGAGUCAAUUUGUGCUGCUUUCUUGGGCCUUGCCGACUUGUACAAAUGCAUUGACGAGCUUCUUCAGAUGCCACAGACUCAACAGGGUCUGAUCCAAGAUCAAUAUCAGACAUGGGUGGAUGAGGUUUUAGACAGAUCCGUCACUUUGCUGGAUAUAGGCAGCACCUCAAGGGACAUCUUGUUGCAGAUGAAAGAAAAUGUAAAAGAUCUUCAGUCAGCUCUCCGCAGAAGAAAAUCUGAGGAGAGGGUAUUGGGUGAGAAGGUUGCCUCAUACACAUCCUUCAAGAAGAACAUGAAGAAGAAGGAUGUUAACCAAUGCCUUAAAAUGCUGAAACGCCUGGAUGAGAAAUGUGUAGCCUCUCCGCUCUUGGAUCAUGACCAUCACUCGGCGAAAGUGGUAAGGUUGAUAAGAGAAGUCAGCACUGUUUCGAUUUCUAUUUUCCAGGCUCUCUUGUCGUUCAUGUCCACACCGAUGUCGAAGCCAAAGGUCAGUAGAUGGCAAUUGGUAUCAAAGCUAAUGCAAAGGAGAGUAGUAACUUGUGACAAUCAAGAGGAGAAGAUGAAUGAGGUGACAUCUGUUGAUGAUGCACUCUUCGCCCUGUGUCGCAACACUUCAAGCAAAGAUGUAGAGGUCGAGCUGUUGGAAAUGACGCAGAAAAGGUUGAAUCAUCUGGAGGUCGGCCUUGAAAGACUUGAAGAAGGAUUAGACUGCUUGUUUAGAUGCCUCAUCCAGAGCAGAGUUUCGCUGCUUAACGCCCUCACUCGCUAG